AUGGCUGAUGCAAAGGAUGCUGCGGUGCCGGCGGAGGCGCAGCCUCUCGGACGGUGGCCGGUCCUGUCCUACGGCGUCGGCCACAUGCUGAACGACAUCACGUCGGCCUGCUGGUUCACGUACCUGCUCCUCUUCUUGCAGCAGAUCGGGCUUGCUCCCAGGGAUGCCGCUGUUGUGAUGCUCUCGGGUCAGGUCGCAGAUGGGCUGAUGACAAUCCUCGCAGGCGAGAUGAUUGACAGAUUUGGCCGUUUCAAGCUAUGGCACAUUGGAGGAUCAGUCCUCGUCGGCUUCUCCUUCUCUUCGGUCUUUGGUGGCUGUCUGCUGUGCACCAUUCUGGGGACAGAUUCGUACCUCGUGAGGACCGUGGGCUACAGCUUCUUCGCAGCGGUGUUCAACAUUGGUUGGGCGUCCACACAGGUUUCCCACAUGUCGAUGGUGAACUGCAUGACACUGAAUCCGACAAGCCGUGUAGCCUUAGCAAGCUGCAGAAAUGCAUUCACUAUGGUUGCAAAUCUUGGUCUGUAUGGGAUUGCUUUAGCUGUCUUUGGUGCUAUAAAGGCAAAAGAAUGCUCAGACAUUGUUAUUCAGUACCGAUGGAUUGCAUAUCUGUCCAUCUUCAUAGGAUGCUGCUUCCUGGUGGUCUUUCAUGUUGGAACCAAGGAACCUACCUUGAAGUCUGAAACUAACUGUAAGAAGAAGACUCGGAUUUCCUGGGGCUACUGGUUCAAGAAGACCUUGUACUACCAAGUUGCUCUCCUGUAUAUGCUUGCAAGGCUGAUCACAAACGUAUCUCAGUCGCUCAUCGCUUUCUACGUCACCAGAGAUUUGAGAAUGAAUGAAUACUCGAAAGCAAUAAUACCAGCCAUCAUAUUCUGCUGCAGCUUCUUCGUGUCCAUCGUCCUGCAGGAGAUCAAGUGGAACAGCCGGCGCCUCAAAUCCCUCCUUACCGUCGGCGCGACACUCUGGGUCAUCUCCGGCGUCGCCGUCUUCGUCCUCCCGAGCGAGAUGCACAACCUCAUGUACCCUCUCGCCAUGGUCAUAGGCGUCGCCAACGCGCUCGUCAUGGUCACGACGGUUGGGCUGGAGAGCGCGUUGGUAGGGGAGGACCUGAACGGCUGCGCCUUCGUCUACGGCUCCCUCAGCUUCCUGGACAAGAUCUCCUGCGGAAUCGCCCUGUUUGUGCUGGAAUCGUACGAAGACACGAUGAGCUGCGGCGAGACGAGGGGCCUCAACACGGUGAGCAGGUACGGUACGGGCCUGAUCCCCUCCUGCUUCGCCGUCCUCUCCCUGGUGGUCGCAUCCACUCUGAGGCUGCAGGACACCACUCCGACAGCCGCUGCACUGGAAGCCCCGCUGCUUGUCUGA